GCAAACAAUCAAACAUCGCUUGCCUUGAUAACCUUUCUUGUCUCCAUAAUGAAUGGAAGGGCAUCUUCAAUCGACUACCAACAUGCACUGCCAAAAAUGCCGAACUCAGUUGAAGCUGGAUGGCUCUCUGGAGUCGCUCAAUCCAGCUGCCUUCGAUCUGCUUACCAGCUCUACAGGUAAAACUCUACCGGAGCAAGGGUCUGCCUCCAGAAAUUCGUUUCCUCAAGAAAGACGAGACCUGUACGACCGUGUGUCCAAGAAAGUUACGUCUCCAGUUUAUCGAAGAUCCAUUCCUGCUCCGCGCCAAGUUGGCAGUAACCAGAACAACCCUCCUAGGCUGGGACGAGGAGACAGUGGGAACAUGUCCUUCGUUAUGCUUACGGAGUCUCAAGUUGGGCCACCGCAUGCGACAAGUGGUGUUAAUGGCGACAACACUCCGAAAGGCAAACGACCCCUCAAUACUCAAAAUGCUGAACGUGAAACGGACGAUGGGUCAUUUGCGGACCAAGUUGAGCGAACGAGCCGCCUCUUUGAAAUCAUCUCUUCUCGCUCUGAUAUUGAUCAUCCAAUCUGCACCGAAUGCACGGAAAUGCUUGUGGACGGGCUCCAGAAACGAAUGGUAGAUGCCACGAAGGAGCGAGAUGCUUACAUCUCAUUUUUACGGAACCUAAAUUCAUCUGUCCCAACGGCUGAGGAACUUGAAGCGGCUGAAAAGUCCCUCAAAGAAACGUUAGAGGCAGAGGAGGCUGCGUUCGCAGAACUUGUAGCGCUGGAACAGGAAAAAGCAGCCUUGGAUGAAGAGAUAGCUGACCUUGAAGAGGAGGCUCGUCAAUUAGACCUGGAAGAGGAAAUGUUUUGGCGCGACCGCAACACCUUUUCUCUAACAUUAGCCGAUUUUCAAAAUGAGCGGGAUGCUCUUAAUAUGAGAUACGACCAUGACUCGCGGCAGCUUGAAAGGCUACAGAGGACUAAUGUUUAUAACGAUGCUUUCUGCAUUGGCCAUGACGGAUACUUUGGCACUAUAAAUGGCUUGCGACUUGGGCGCCUUACAAACCCAUCCGUAGAUUGGCCGGAGAUUAACGCAGCUUGGGGCCAGACAGCUUUAUUGCUGGCCACCAUCGCGGAUAAAUUGGGCUUUGAAUUUCAGGGGUACCAACUCAAGCCAAUGGGAUCGAUGUCUAAAAUUGAGAAAAUCGAACAUCCACGGGGAUCACCAGCACAGUCCACCAUCGCUGGGGGUAGCGCGACUCCGUCGGCACCGCCCAAGAUUACCACUCUUGACUUAUUCUCCUCUGGCGACUUGCCACUCAACCUUCCUUGGCUUCACCGCCGGUUCGAUGCAGGAAUGGUGGCUUUCUUGGAGUGUCUACGUCAGCUUGGGGAGUUUGUGGAGAACAAGCCAGCUCCAAUGCCCUUGAAUCGACGAGGCCAUACCGGAAUUACCGCUCCGGGCUUGAAGCUUCCAUAUGCCAUCAAACGAGAUAAAAUCGGAGAUGCGAGUAUCAAAUUGGGCUUUCACAAUAAUGACGAGACUUGGACUCGUGCUUGCAAAUACACAUUGACCUGUUGCAAGUUCUUGUUGGCCCAUGCAAGCAAUGUUGCCAGCGCUGGCUCUAAUACUUCUGCUGACAUUGCAGCCGCAGCUGUUGCAGCUGGUGAGCAAGCUAGGCUUGCAACAGCUGGCCCUGCAAACAAAUAAGACUGUAAUACAAAAGAUGCAAAGGCGGUUCAACCAUAGAGAACACGCGACUAACCUAUCCUUCUCAACCAGCACUAGCGUCAUGCUAUCACUGCGGGCAGCUAAUGGCCCUUAUUCCGGCGACCCGUAUAGUGGACAGAUUUGGAUAAGACGGCCCUCUUUCAGUGUCCAUUUCAGAAAUAAAGUCGAUGAAUACUUCUAAGGCAAAGUGACUACAGGGCUCGGCCUUAAUCGCGGGCUAAUUGUAUACUUGUCUCCUUGAAACCAUACAGAAUACUCGACGUUUCAUCGCCCCUGCAUCGGACUCAUGCCGCUCUGCUUAAACCGGCGGAUCAUUAGCGCUAUCAUGAAGUACUUUUGUCCUUAUGCC